AUGCUGACACUGAUGCCUAAGAAACGGCUGAAUGAGUGUGAGUUCAACGACCUGAUGUUGAAUCAAGACAUGAAGCCGACGCCAGACGACGCAAAACCAAAUGCAUUCUUUGAAGUCUACCUGAAAACAAGAUUAAGUCAUGAAUGCAAGAUCCAGCCAGUUCAAAUACAGAAGAGCAAGCAGAUGGAGGAAAGUAUGAGGCGUCUAGACAAGAUGCGCCGCAUGACGGAUGAGUUGCUGUACCAGUGCAUACCGAAAAACGUGGCAAAGAAGCUGAGAAGAGGUACUCCGGCGUUCGAGACGAUAAAGACCGAGUCCUUGAUGACCAACUAUUUGCUAGUAGAUCACUGGAAAGUAGUACGCAUAUUUGCGCAUUGCGCGUUGAGUUUUAUUGGAGGCCGUUUCAAGUCCAGUCAGUUGGCCCUUGUCCCCUACCCAAUGGCGAAUAAUCUAUACAUAUAUUCUGGUUUGGCAAAAUGA